CAAAUUUAACAUCAGAGGACCCUUAACUGGACAAGUACUGGUCGCGACCAUGGCAUCCUUCCUCGACGGCUUCUCCUGGGAUCCGUCCCCGGAUUUCCCGGAUUUCCCGGAUCCCCUGGAAACCCCAGAAAUCACAAUUGCCACCACACCAACGAAUCAGACUCCGACAGAUCAUUCGUGCACAUCACACGGAAUGGAGAUAUCAGAGACAAGGAGUCUAAUAGCGCCAGUGAAGUUCCAAGUAUGCACUAGUUGUAGACGCAAGAAGCGCAAAUGUAGCCAGGAGAGACCAUCAUGUUUAUUGUGUCGAGAAAACGGCUGGACCUGUGAGUAUCGACACCUCAAGAAGAAACCUGGUCCAGCGAAAGGCUCUGCUAGACUAAGAGCACCGGUCUUGCAAGAACUCCCAAAGAAUGGACUGGCUAUUGCCCUCACCGCGGGCGCAAAACGAGAGUUAACCAACUUAUUCUUCACCUAUGUCCAGCCAGCCUAUCCAAUGUUCUGUAGACACACGUUUGAUCAGGACCUUGAGGACGGAAAAGUCCCUGACAGACUUUUGAACGCAAUGUUUGCAGUUUCGUCAAGAUUCAGUCCCCCUUCGGAAAUCUCUAUACUUCUCGGAUCGUCAAGUACUACUCUCUGGGAUAGCUUCGCACGGCUUGCAGAGCACCAGAAAAGCUAUCAUGAGAACCAAAAUGAGCCCAUAUCUUUGAACGACGUUAAGACCGAAGCUCUCUUGACGCUCUACGAAUACACCAACUUCCCCGGUCGAAAAGCCUGGAUGAUGGUGGGAAAUUUGGUGCGGGCAGCCUUGGCGAUGGGACUCCACUUGAUCGAUUCUGGGCGAGAGCGAGAUCCCUCUUUCUCAGACCUUCAACUUGAAGAAUGCCGCUUUGUUUGGUGGACGGUGUGGAAGCUAGAUUCGGCAAUAAACACUCUCGCAGGAAGCCCUUUUGGGAUCGACAGCCAUUGCAUUGGUACCGCCUUAGUUUCAACAUCUAUUGCUGAUUUUACAGCAGGUAUUGUCAUAGAAUCGUCAAAACAGUACCUCUCAAUGGACUCUGAAAGACCAUGGAAGUCAGCGCAGCAGCUGGUGAUGAGCGCCAAUGAUGAUGGUCUGGGCAUGUAUCUUCUUGCGGUCUCCCAUCUCCGCGAUGGAUCAAGGCUUCGGCAACGUUUAUAUAUCAACCCAACACCUCAAUUAGUUAACCAGUUGACGAUUCUAAGAAACGCACUCUCUUGUAUGCGGCUAUCACUGCCCGUCUGGUACUUUGAGCCUGAAAGGCAGUCAUCGUUCGAGACGCCUUACAAACAUCGGACUCGGCUUGAGACCCUUCUCAUAUUCUACGCUUUUCAAAUUGAACUAUUUUUACCUCUCCCAAAUGCUGUCUCGAGCUCUACGGAAGAUGGACUCGCGAAUUGGAAGAAAUGCAUAAGCACUAGUGAAGAUAUAGCCGCUAUCUUUCAUCACUGGAAGCCGGUCUACUUUGCAGAAGCAGAUCCAUUUAUAAGUACAAUUAUCUGGUUCACGAUCUCAAUCCUGAUGAUUCAUACAAUGUCUAUCUAUGGCCACUAUGACGAAGCUCCAGAUGUAAGAUUCAUCAACGCACUACAGUUGCUGAGCCUGGCAUUAGAAAAUUUUGCCAAACACUGGCAUAUUUCUCGUCUCCUCUUAGAUUCAGUAAAGAAUUUAAAGAUAUGGGCUUGGCUAAGGUUAGAUUUCUCAGACAUCCAAUGUAUACUGAUGCAGCUGCGCGUUCCAAUGGACCCUCUUAAGCAGGAACCUGGGUCUUUCGAUAUGUGCCAGAUAGUUGGACGCGUAAACUCCGGGGUAGAGGGGAUUGAUAGAUGUACGAUUGACCUCGGCAUGAUCUAAAUCUUAGGGUUAGGGUUAGGGUUAGGGUUAGGGUUAGGGUUAGGGUUAGGGUUAGGGUUAGGG